CCGYGCCCGAGAUGGCCCCGGGCAAGCCGGGCAAGAGCGCGGGCGCCUCGGAGGAGCCCUCGGUGACGCUGUUCCGGGAGUACCUGAAGAUCAACACCGUGCACCCCGAGCCCGACUACGAUGCAGCCGUGCGGUUCCUGGAGCGCGUCGGCACCGACCUGGGCUUGGCCAGCCAGAAAGUGGAGGUGUGCCCGGGCCGCGUGGUGCUGGUGCUCACCUGGCCGGGCACCCAGCCCYGCCUGCGCUCCAUCCUGCUCAACUCCCACACGGACGUCGUGCCCGUCUUCGAGGAGCACUGGACCUACCCGCCCUUCGAGGCCGUCAAGGACUCGCAGGGCAACAUCUACGCGCGCGGUGCCCAGGACAUGAAGUGCGUCUCCAUCCAGUACCUCGAGGCCAUCCGGAGGCUGAAGGCCGAGGGGAAGAGUUUCGCCCGCACCAUCCACCUGACCUUCGUGCCCGAUGAGGAGGUGGGCGGCCACAAGGGCAUGGAGAUGUUCGUGCGGCGCCCGGAGUUCAAGGCGCUCAACGUGGGCUUCGCCCUGGACGAAGGCCUGGCCAGCCCCUCCGACACCUUCAGCGUCUUCUACGGCGAGAAGAGCCCCUGGUGGAUCAAAGUGCGGUGCACGGGCAGCCCCGGCCACGGCUCCCGCUUCAUCAGCAACACGGCGGCCGAGAAGCUGCACAAGGUGAUCACCUCCUUCCUGGCGUUCCGGGAGAGCGAGAAGCAGAGGCUCAAGGCCGACACGGGCCUGACCUUGGGCGACGUCACCUCGCUCAACCUCACCAUGCUCGAGGGGGGCGUCUCCUUCAACGUGGUGCCCUCGGAGAUGACGGUCGGCUUCGACGUCCGCAUCCCCCCCACCGUGGACCUGAAGGCGUUCGAGGAGCAGGUGGCAGCGUGGUGCCGCGCUGCCGGCGACGGCGUCACCUUCGAGUUCAUGCAGAAGUGCAUGGACCAGCACAUCACGUCCACGGAGGAGUCGGACCCGUGGUGGAAGGCGUUCAGUGGCAUCUGCAGGGACAUGAAGCUGCCGCUCAAGCUGGAGAUCUUCCCUGCGGCCACCGACAGCCGCUACAUCCGCGCGGCGGGACACCCUGCGCUCGGCUUCUCGCCCAUGACGCGCACGCCGGUGCUGCUGCACGACCACAACGAGUUCCUCAACGAGCGGGUCUUCCUGCGCGGCAUCGACAUCUACGCCCGCCUGCUGCCCGCGCUGGCCGCCGUGCCCGCGCUGCCCGGCGAGGCCUGA